UCCGGUCUCCUGUGAGUUGGGCCGCGCACGUGUGAUUGUGAGCCGCUGUGCUGUUUAUACUCUUAUAACUUCAUCUUUGACUGCGAGAGUGACUUUCAUCAUGUUCCUGCAGUUUUAUCUGAAUGAGGUCGGCGACAGGGUUUAUACUUUGAAGAAAGUGGACCCAUCCGGUCAGCCCACCAGCUCGGCACACCCGGCCCGCUUCUCUCCGGACGAUAAGUUCUCCAGACACCGAGUGACCAUCAAGAAACGCUUCGGGCUGCUGCUCACACAACAACCCCGACCUGUGCUGUGAACUGAUCAACAAUGGAUGUUUACACACAAUUGUUUCCAUAUUUUAGUGUUUUUUUUUUUGUUAUUCCAGAAAGUAUGGCAUCUUUUUUUCUAGAUUGCUCAAGAAUGAUUAUUCAGUUAAUACAAUAAACAUGUGAGCAU